AUGAAGGGAUUCACCAGAAACCUGAAAAACAUCUUGGUGGUGUCAUUUGGAUUUUUAUUCCUUUUUACAGCAUAUGGAGGACUGCAGAGCUUACAGAGCAGCCUCAACACUGAGGAUGGCAUGGGUGUCGCCUCCUUGAGCGUCAUCUACGCCUCCAUCAUUCUGUCCUCCAUGUUCCUGCCGCCAAUUCUCAUCAAGAACCUCGGCUGCAAAUGGACCAUCGUGGGCUCCAUGUUCUGCUAUGUGUCCUACUCACUGGGCAACUUCUUUCCAGGAUGGCCGGCGCUGAUGGCCACCUCCGUGAUCCUGGGUUUGGGUGGAUCCCCGCUGUGGUCCGCUAAGUGCACCUACCUCACAAUAAGCGGCAACCUGCAGGCGAGAAAGGACAAGAAGAAGGAGUCAGAUGUCAUCAACCAGUACUUUGGAAUCUUCUUCUUCAUAUUCCAGUCGUCCGCCGUUUGGGGGAACCUUAUGUCUUCUCUCAUAUUUAGUCAAGACUCAGGCGUUGCUAACAUCCCAGAGGAGAAUUUUGAGUACUGUGGGGCGAACACCUGCCUGGACACGAAUACUGGAGGCAAUGUCACACAGCCAGAGCAGUCGCUCGUCCAAAUCCUUCUUGGCUGCUAUAUCGGCGUUGGGGUUUUUGCCAUAAUCCUGGUGGCAAUAUUUCUGGACAACAUCGACGGAGAUGAUGCACGGGACUUCAGGGACAACAGGGAGCCGUUCUUUAGCACCUUUUUAGCCACCUUCAAACACCUGAAGGACAAACGGCAGGUGCUCCUCAUACCGCUGACUAUGUACAGCGGGUUCGAGCAGAGCCUGCUGGCAGGAGAGUACAACAGGUACUACGUGACCUGUGCGCUCGGGAUACAUUUUGUCGGAUAUUCGAUGAUCUGCUUUGGCGCCGCCAAUUCGGUGGCCUCCUUCACUGUGGGGAAGCUGGCUGAAUACACUGGAAGAGUGGCUCUCUUUAUGUUCGCUGCCGUGAUAAACCUGUCCUGCACCCUGGCUCUUCUCUUCUGGAGGCCUCAUCCAGACCUGCUCCCCGUGUUCUUUGUGUUUCCUGCCCUGUGGGGUGUGGCCGACGCUAUUUGGCAGACGCAAACCAACGCUCUCUAUGGCACUCUGUUCCCUGAUCACAAAGAAGCAGCGUUCGCCAACUACCGCAUGUGGGAGUCUGUCGGCUACGUGAUCGCCUUUGCCUACAGCAAUUUUAUCUGCCUGUACAUCAAGUUGUACAUCCUUAUAGCGGUCCUAGUGGUCUCCAUGGUGCUCUACUGCUGGGUGGACUAUCAGGAGCACAAGAACUCAAAGGCGUUAAGAACGCAAAGUGACGACGCCACUUUGAGAAAGGAGGGGAAAGGGCUGGGCACUGAAGACGGCGUCACAGAGAGAGUUAUUAUAGCUCAAACCGAGUUGUAAGCCAGUCCAGGGCAUCUCCCGGCUGUCGCUCUUCCGGUCCUUGUCUUAGGCACCUUACCCAGUGAACCAUAUGUAUUUACAUGUUUUGU